GUUACAGAGAGUUUCUUUUACGUCGUUGUUUACUUAGAUAGAAUAGCGAAAAAUUGUUACUGUCAUAAGAAAGGCAUUUAAAGGGUAUAACUGGUAAUCAAGAAUUUAAAGUGGAUAUAAAGACAAAAAAAAGUGUAAUAAAAGAGUUAGAAAUAUUGUUUUUUGUGAAAUAGAGGCUAACCUGAUUACAAGGGAUGCUUCUGUCAAUCAAACUAAAUCUUUUCAUGGUAUUUGUUUUGGCAUCAGCAGAGGAAAAAAAUUUAAAAUGGUCAUGCAACCUACUGGAUUUGUCUAACGGAUGCAAAUUGCUGGCUUUGUCUGACAACGUGUGCACAAUCAUGUACAAAACUAAUGAGAUAGAUAUUUUAUCAUCAUUUGAUGUUAGUGAAGACACACCUGGUAUUAACAGUAUUUCGGAAAGAUAUGGUGCCUAUCAGUUUUAUAUGUUUAGUAAGGAACUGAUUGCUACUGCAUCAAUUUCAAAAGAACUUAUCUUUAAGCUGAUAAAAAGCAAAGAAUUUUUUGUAUCAAUAAAUAUUCGACAUGAUAAAAGAACUCCAAGUACAGUUUUAGCUCUACAAACUAGUUCGGGAAAAUCAAAGCUAGUUCUGUGGGUAGACUCCUUUGAGAGAAAAGUUGGGCUUAAGUCUCAUUCUAUUAAAAACGGAAAAAACAGUAUUGUUUUUAAGCACAUUCCAGUACAACAAGGGUCAUGGCACAGAUUACUUAUAAGUUUUAAAGAACUAGAUACUGAUUCUCCUAUUGUUCAGUUAUAUGUGGACUGUCAGUAUGUAGGAAAAAAAGAUUUUCCUCUUAAUUUACGAUAUUCUUUAAUGGAAGAUAGUAUGGAUACUGAAAUAAGACUCGGGCAGCAAAAACAUACUCAUGGCAAUGAUCCACAAAAGUUUAUUGGUGCUAUGCAAGAUUUCAAGUUCGUAUUUAAUAGAGCAGUUGACUGGUAUAACAAUCCUAAAAAGUGUUUGUCAAUGGAUAUUCAUGUUAAUAAUUUCAAAGCGUACCAAGCUCCUGAUCCAUUUGUGCUAGAAAAAGAAAUUGCUAAACUUACUGCUGGUAUUAAAAGUAUUCAAUUAUAUAUGGCUGAGCAGGCAAAAGAAACUAGUUUCAUUUUAAACUGGAUGAAAACUUGCUCCAAAUGCUCUAUUGAAGGACCUGAAUCCCCUGGUAAUAUAAGUGUGUGUUCUGGAAAUCCGUGCAUAGCAGAAGCUGACUGCAUCAGCCAUGAGGGAUUCACUUAUGAAUGCAAGUGUAAAGAUGGAACUGCUGGAAACGGAAUGCAUUGUGGAAAAGAUUCUGAUUCUGAUGGAAUACCUGACAAAAAGUUAAAUUGUGAUGAUAUGUCAUGUAGAUCUGAUAAUUGUGUUAAUUUUCCUAACGCCGGUCAAGAAGAUGCUGAUCUCGAUGGUCAAGGAGAUGCUUGUGAUAUAGAUGAUGAUAAUGAUGAAAUACUUGAUGAAGAAGACAAUUGCCCUAAAGUUUCAAAUGUAAAUCAAGUUGAUAUGGAUGGUGAUGGAAUUGGUGAUAAAUGUGAUAACUGUCCUUUUGAAAAAAAUCCUGAUCAAAAAGAUGCAAACAAAGACGGCACUGGUGAUGCCUGUGUGAAAGAUCGAGAUGGAGAUGGUGUAAAAGAUAAAGCUGAUAACUGUUUAGUUAUAUCAAAUCCAGAUCAACUUGAUCAUGAUGGUGAUGGGGUAGGAAAUGAAUGUGAUAACUGUCCUAAUGUUUAUAAUCCAACUCAGGUGGAUGCAGAUAGUGAUAAUGUUGGUGAUGAAUGUGACUCUAACAAUGACAUUGAUAGAGAUGGUAUCCAAGAUGAUCAAGACAACUGUCCUUAUGUCCCAAAUUCUAAUCAACUGGAUAUUGAUAAAGAUGGAAAAGGAGAUGUUUGCGACCUUGAUGAUGAUAACGAUGGAAUUGAAGACACUCGUGACAAUUGUCAAAUGGUAGCUAAUCCUUUGCAAAAAGAUACUGAUGGUAAUGGAAUUGGUGAUGCAUGUGAUGGUAACUAUGAUGGAGAUGACAUACAAAACGUGAAAGAUAAUUGUCCACUCAAUCCUUCUAUAUACAACACAAAUUUCACUCAUUACCAAAUGAUCAAGCUGGAUCCUAAUGGAACUUCUCAAGUAGAUCCAGAGUGGGAAAUUUUAAAUCAUGGUGCCGAAAUUAAACAAUGGAGAAACAGUGAUCCGGGUCUAGCAGUUGGAGUUGAAAGGUUUGGUGGUGUUGAUUUUUAUGGCACGUUUUACAUUCAUGAUGAGAAAGAUGAUGAUUUUGCAGGUUUUGUAUUUGCUUUUCAAGACAGUAGUAAUUUUUAUGCUUUAAUGUGGAAAAAAGAAGAGCAAACUUAUUGGAUUGAAACUCCCUUUAAAGCAAAUGGAGAGUCUGGUAUUCAACUGAAGGUAGUCAAAUCAAAAACUGGACCUGGUGAGCACUUGCGCAAUGCGCUGUGGAGUUCUUCAAGUGUUGCAGAACAGACAAAUGUUUUAUGGACUGAUCCUCUGAAACAAGGAUGGAAACCAAAAACAUCAUAUAGAUGGUCUUUAAUUCACAGACCAGAUUUAGGUUUAAUAAGAAUCAUUAUUAAAAAUGGCAUGGCAGUUGUCAGUGAUUCUGGUUACAUUGUUGAUCAUUCUUUUAAAGGUGGUCGUUUAGGCGCUUUGGUAUUUUCUCAGAAGGAAAUAGUAUUUUCGGAUCUUCAUUACGAUUGCAAUGAUAAAAAACCAGAAGACUACAAUUCUAAAUUUAAAAAAUAAGCGAUAAAAACAUUAUCAAAACUGAGACAUGCGUUGAACCGUUUGUUUAUGUUAAAUAUGAAAGAUUUUAAUGAAAGCGCAUUGCAAGGUUAUAUUACGGUACUUUACUACGAUGAAAUAGUGUAUUAUACUAUUAUAGCAUACAUACUUUAAUCAACUAUGCUAUUAUUGCAUAUAUACUUUGAUCAACUAUGCUGUUAUUGCAGUACUUUGAUGAAAUUUGAAGUAUGAAAAUUUUUGACACAAAAUUAGAAAUGUAUGAACUUUUUAUUUAAUUUUUUGUAUUUUUAUAGUUAUCUAAGAAUUUGAUGUUUAUAAAUUUACAUUAAGGUUUUAUAAAUUUUUAUUAAGAAAAACUGUUAUUUUAAUAUUUAUGUUUUGUAUAUUUUUCAUUUGAUUUGCAAUGUAUCUUUUAUAUUUGAAUUCUUUUAAAUCGAUAAAGUUUAAUGGAGGUUCUGAAGUUUUAAUUAGUAUUUACGCAGUGAAGUUAUUUUUUUCAAAUCUUUGUAAACUCGGCCUAUUUUUGAUAUCAAAGUAUAAAAUAAAACAUAAAAUAUUUAAAGCUCUUUGUAAAAGUUUGAGUGGUCUUAUUUCUAUGGAAUAUUGAAUGUAAAAGCUGAUCUACAAAGUUAAUGAAAUAGAUACGUACAAAGCGUACAAAAGAUAUUUAA